AUGCCACGAGCACAGAAGCGCAAGACGGCACAAGAUGUUGAACUAACAGAUGUGGACUCCGACUCCGACAUGGACCUGAAGCCAGUUCGACUUCCCUCUGGUCUCCCACUCGACGAUCCGCCAUCGCAAAUAUCGGCCAACAAUCAUCUGGAGGUUGAACAAGUUUUCCGACGGCACCUGGACAAUGGAUACAUUCCUAUGUCUGUGUUUUCUUGGCUGGCGCAAACACUACCGUCAGAACUUCUACGUGCUUCCGCACUUACAAGGCGUGGAGCUCCAGCCAUGGCCUUUUCCGUCGGCGCCUACUACCAUGCAGGAACAGUUGGCAUACGGAGUAACACCAAGAAGUACCCGUGCACAGCAGCUCUACUUGCACAUAUGGUUCGGGCCUGUACACACUCGAACUUCACGGCCGUGUCCUUGUUGCGCAACCUCAACAUGGCCACCCACGUGGACAGGAAGAACACGGACCAGACCUAUCCCCGAAAGGCCAACAUCAAGGACAUCACAAACACCGAGUACAAUCACUCCAUCAGAGUCAAAUCGAUGGCCCUCGCCGACGCUCACAGCCUGGCCUGCGACAUGUCCAUCCAGCGCAAUGUGGAUCAGGCACCAGAAAUCAUCGCCUACACCAUCUUGGAAGUGACCUUUGACCUCCGCGCGGUCGUGUCCCUCGCGCAGACAAACAAGACCACGUGGAUCCGCUGCAGUCAAGUACUCAGAGCUGCAAGCACCGAGUGCAAGAUCAAAACGAACGCACCAUGGCACAAACGCGCAGGUCGCGCCGUCGACAAGGAUGCUCCAGAGACACCGAUUGACAUCAAGAUGUACCUGUUCAACAAGCGAAUGCACAACUGGUACCACCACGAGCUCUCCUAUCAGCAGUACCUGGACCUACAAGUCCGCGAACUUCUACCCACGCCAGAGACCUAA